AUGACAAGACAAUAUGAGAGAAUCACACUCAACAAUGGACAACCAAUGACAAGAAAACAACUAUACUUGAAGUCAAUAGAGUUAGAUCCAACCGAUUCCGAUUCAUAUUAUAAUCUUGGAAGAAUUUGUGAAUCAAUCAUCCUUAACAAUGGACAAUCAAUGACAAAACAACAACUAUACCUGAAAGCAAUAGAGCUAGAUCCAACCAAUUCAACCUUAUAUAAAAAUCUUGCUAUGAUGGAUACCAAGGUUUAA